ACCGGACUGCGUUUUCCCUAACGCCCGCAGCAGGGUCAGAAGGGAGGUGGCCGCUCUCUGUCGUGGCCUCUGACGGCUUCUGAGCGUUGGCGUCUGGCACGCGCUACCCCCUCUUGCUUUGGUUCCACCAUGCCGAUGUACCAGGUAAAGCCCUAUCAUGGGGGCGGCGCGCCUCUCCGUGUGGAGCUUCCCACCUGCAUGUACCGGCUCCCCAACGUGCACGGCAGGAGCUGCGGCCCAGCGCCCGGCGCUGGCCACGUGCAGGAAGAGUCUAACCCAUCUCUGCAAGCUCUUGAGUCCCGCCAAGAUGAUAUUUUAAAACGUCUGUAUGAGUUGAAAGCUGCAGUUGAUGGCCUCUCCAAGAUGAUUCAAACACCAGAUGCAGACUUGGAUGUAACCAACAUAAUCCAAGCGGAUGACCCCACGACUUUAACCACCAAUGCGCUGGACUUGAAUUCAGUGCUUGGGAAGGAUUACGGGGCGCUGAAAGACAUCGUGAUCAACGCGAACCCGGCCUCCCCUCCCCUCUCCCUGCUCGUGCUGCACAGGCUGCUCUGUGAGCACUUCAGGGUCCUGUCCACGGUGCACAUGCACUCCUCGGUCAAGAGCGUGCCUGAAAACCUUCUCAAGUGCUUUGGAGAACAGAAUAAAAAACAGCCCCGCCAAGACUAUCAGCUGGGAUUCACUUUAAUUUGGAAGAAUGUGCCGAAGACGCAGAUGAAAUUCAGUGUCCAGACGAUGUGCCCCAUCGAAGGAGAAGGGAACAUUGCACGUUUCUUGUUCUCUCUCUUUGGCCAGAAGCAUAAUGCUGUCAACGCAACCCUCAUAGAUAGCUGGGUAGAUAUUGCAAUUUUACAGUUAAAAGAGGGAAGCAGUAAAGAAAAAGCCGCUGUUUUCCGCUCCAUGAACUCUGCUCUUGGGAAGAGCCCUUGGCUCGCUGGGAAUGAACUCACCGUAGCAGACGUGGUGCUGUGGUCUAUACUCCAGCAGACCGGAGGCUGCAGUGUGACAGUGCCAGCCAAUGUGCAGAGGUGGAUGAGGUCUUGUGAAAACCUGGCUCCUUUUAACACGGCCCUCAAGCUCCUUAAGUGAAUUUCCGUAACUGAUUUUAAAGGGUUUAGAUUUUAAGAAUGGUGCUCUUUCAUGCCUAUUAUCAGUAAGGGGACUUGUAUUAGAGUCAGAGUCUUUUUAUUUAGGCCAGUUGUCAAGUGUCAAUAAAAGCAUCAUGUAAUUU